AUGUCGUCCAACUUCACGCCCGCCUCGCGCAGGCAGUACCAGCCCCGCAGCUCCUUGGGCUCCCACCUCUCGACCCCCUCUGGCCUCUCAAAAUCCAUGUCCACCCCCUACCAGCUCUACUCGAGCUCGCCCAGCCGCCGCUCUACACUCGGCGGGUCCACGCCCAUUCGCACAUCGACCUAUUACGACGGCGGCCUCUCGACCCCGGACGAUGCCGCCAGCAGCCCCGUCUUCCGCCGAAACGCCGGCUUCGGUAGCCCCGGCCUCAAGGCCCACAUGGGCACCCCGCGCUCCGGCUACGAGGCUUCGCGCAGCAGCAGCCCUGCUCAACCCAUCCCAUCCCGUCUCUCGAGACCCUCGAUUGACGCCUCAAGUUCGUCUUCACUGGCGUCUCCGACCAAGAAGCCCCGGACCAGCAAGGCAUUCGUCAGGCGCAAGUCGUUGGGCGAAAGACUCAAGACAGCCCCCGUCGACUGGUACUACGAUGCCCAGUCCCGGCUGCAGGACAUCGGAGACGUCGUCCACGACCCCGCGUUCGGCUAUCCCAUCGGCUUUGCACUGCAUGCCCUCUCGCUCCUCAGCCACCUCGUCUCGCCGGACUCUUCGCUCAGCGUGGUGGCAAAAUCGUCCGGCCGCUCGCGCGCAUUCGGUGACGGAGUCGGCGCAAGCACCAGCGCCUUCCGGGGCGGCGCCCACGGCUCGGCGAGAUCUCAACAGGCGCGCAACCUGGCGCAGGGCCAGGCCGAGGCUUGGCUUCGAUGGGUGUCGAUCGCCAUGUCGCUUGCGCUUGUAACCAUCGCCUGCUACAACGCAUACUUCCUCUUCUCGAGUCGAAGGGCCUAUCGCCUCUGGAUGAGGACCGAAAAGGACAAGAUCCGAAGCGAAAAUUCUCGCCUGGUUCCCACAUACAUCGACGACGAGGAAGAGAAGCCGAGCCUUCAGGAGCGCCUGACAAACGCGACGAUCGAUUUGCUGCGAGGUAUUCCCGUCAUCGGCUGGUUCGUUCCCGCCGCCGAGGAGAGGCCUCCGACGCCCAUCGACGAGAUCAAGGUGCACGAGCUCAACGUCUGGCAGGCUCCCGAGGUUCCCCUGCGUAUCUUCAGCAUCUACUCACCCGCCCACGCGCUGUGGUACUCAAACUCGGGCCUGUUCGGCAUCACGGGCGCGCUGACGUGGAUCAUGGGCCUGGCGCUCAUGUCCCUUUUCAGCUUCCAGAUCCACCUCCUCGCCCGCACCUACGCCGCCCUCGUCAAGGACCGCAUCCUCCUCGCGGCCGAGGUCAUGCACGAGUACGACGAGAAAUUCGUCUUGCCCCGCGCCAUGCCCCUCGUCCGCGACGCGAGCACCAUGACCAACCAGUCGGAAAUCGUCACCGAUCGCGACUGGAUGUAG